AUGUCUGAAUACGAAAAGGCGAGGAUUUGCCAUUUGUUCGGUAUGGGAGGUGGGAAUGAGUUAACAUUUGUGUUUUUUGGUGCUUCCGUUCAAUGUUCCCUAUUUUUGCUGGACAAAGAGCAUUCGGAGUUAGUGGCCGAAGUAUUCGAAAAGAAUGGUACUAGUGAUGAGUACUUGACUGAAAUUCGAAUGCCCCUCUCGAAGGGCAUCGUCGGCCAUGUGGCCUCAACUGGUCAAAUGAUGAACGUUGAUGAUGUUUAUAAGGUAAUUAAUGAACCGCGAUACGAGUUGCCAGCGCCAGCGAAAGCCGGAGAACAAUCUACGAAAAGUUAUCAUGCAUUCUCGGGGAAUGUGGAUACGGAUGGCGCAGGUGGCUGUGGAGUGGCGGUGAGAAGCGAUUCUGUAAACUCUUUGACAGAAUUCGGCUCAGUGGGUAAGCGAUUGGCAUGGGUAAAAAUCAAGAAUUAUGGAAUUAAGACAGUAUGGACAAUCAGCGCGCACGGGCCAACAGAGGGAGCUACGGACCACGAAAAGGACUCAUUCUAUGAGUGGGGAUUGGUGGUAAUGCCCAAUUUGGAGAAGGAGAAUCAUCAGAGGCCCUUGGAAAGUGGUAUGUUCCGUCCCGAGAAACUGCCGAAAACGGGAGAAGACUGCUUGACACCUGCAAAAGAAGAGGACUGA